AUGGGGUUGACGGACGAAGCUAUGUGUAGGUUCUGUCAAUAUGAAGAAUUAACGACAGAUUUUAUGUCGGUGCGACAGCCAGGAAAAUUGGACGACUGCAAAAAACGUUGGAAAAAUAUUAAGGAUACCUACAAUAGAAGAAGAAAAAAAAAGAAAAGCACAGGUUCUGCUGCAUUGCCCAAACAGGCGAAAUGGGCUUUAGCAGACAUGUUGUCCUUCCUGGACCAAACCGAGCACAAACGCCCGUGUCGCGACAGAAAAGAGAGGAUAAAUGACGACAUUAUCGCUACAAUAAAAGAAAGAAGUGCUGAAAGAAAUGAAAUAUUUAAAAAAAUUGGUCCAAGCAAACCAGAUUCUCUGGAUUUGUUUUUCCAGAGUAUUGCAGCUUCAGUAAAGGCAUUGAGACCUGAGUUAAUCAAUGAAGCUAAAUUGAGAACAGUGCACCUGGUAUUCGAACUAGAACAGAGAAAUGCUGGUGAAGUCCAUCCCCAGCACCUCGUUAUGAACCUCAGCCAUACUCAGGACAUCGUCUUGAACCUCAGCCAUACUCCGGACCUCGUCAUGAGCCUCAGCCAUACUCAGGACCUCGUCAUGAAUCUCAGCCAUCCCCAGCACCUCGUCAUGAAACUCAGCCACACUUAG